CGGAAGAGCCGGCUUGACAACAAGGACAGCAGUGGCUGCUGCAUGGCUGCAGUGGCAUGGCUGCGGUGCUGAGGAACCUCCGGACCCUGCGCUCCUCCGCUUUACAUCUGACUGCGGAGAAGUUCUCAGCACCUGGGCGUCCGCCACUCCAGCCAUUGGCAGGUCCCGUGGAGCUGGCAUGGAGGACGUGGGUUAGGGGUCUUCUGCUGAGCUCCGUUGUGUGUGCUGGACACAACAAGUGGUCAAAGGUGAAACACAUCAAAGGUCCAAAAGAUGAAGCCAGAGCGAAGAUGUUCAUGAAGCUGGCCAUGCUGAUCAAGCUGGCAGUGAAAGAAGGGGGACCCAACCCAGAGUUGAAUAUCAACUUGGCUCAGGUCCUGGAGCAGUGCAGGAGCAACAAUAUGCCCAAAGCUUCAGUAGAGACUGCCAUCAAGCACGCAGAAAAGUCUAAGCCUGCGUCCCAGCACAUGUUUGAGGCUCGGGGUCCAGGAGGGUGCCUGCUGCUGAUCCAAGUCCUGACCGACAACAUUAGCCGCACCCAUCAGGACAUCAAACGUGCCCUUAACAAGAACGGGGGGGCACUUUCAGAUGGAGCCCGGCACAACUUCGACAAACGAGGAGUGGUGGUUGUGCAGGGUCUCAACGUCUCCACGGAGCGUGCUUUGGAACUGGCCAUCGAGGCCGGAGCAGAGGAUGUACAGGAGAGCUCAGAUGAUGAGGAGCAGCCCCUCCUGCAGUAUAUUUGUGACACCACAGAACUGCAGAAGGUCCGAGCAUCUUUGGAGUCACAGGGACUGAAGGUGAAUUCUGCAGGUUUGAAUUUUGUCCCCCGUGUCCUGCUGCCCCUGGACCGACAACAGCUGGAUGCGGCCUCAACAUUAGUGGAAGCCCUCAAUGACUGUGCAGACGUAGUUCAAAUCUGGGACAAUAUCCAUGUGGACAGCUGAGACGCAAUGAAAAUGAUGACAUUCACCCCACACAAUAUGAGCGGUUAGCAGUAAGGCAUGGCAACUGUGUGAAAUAAACUCUUUGGUCUCAGGACACUGGUAUGACCCAUGGGGGGAAAAAUAAUUUGGGAAACAAUGUUCACCUGAGACUGCUGUGAGAACAUCAAGACAUUUUGGAUGGAGCCUUUUUUCAUUCUUGGAAUUCUGCAUUUUUGUUGACAAUAAAGAUAUUGUGUCUGACAGAUGUUCAUAUCUACUUACCUACCUACCUACUUAACUACUUACCUACCUGCCAACUUAACUACUUGCCUAUCUACCUACCUAUCUAGCUAUCUAUCUAUCUAUCUCUAUUUAUCUAUCUAUCUAUCUAUCUAUCUGACAACCAUCCCUGCAACAGCACCCCACUCAGCUCUUACUCAAGAGCAGACUUCAUAAAAUAAAUAACCAAAUGUACUG